UCAAAUUAGACUUACCGCACCGGUCGUCACUAAAGCCGGUUUUCAUUCAGCCACUCAAAACAAACAUUAUUCGAAUAAUAUACCGCACCUACAGAGUUUGAGUGUAGUCUGAAGAUAACAAAUCUUGUGAAUAAAAUGAGUUUGACCGAUCUAAUAGUCGAUACCCGGUAUGGCCCAGUUAAAGGAGCAAAAAAGCAAUCCCUUAUGGGACAGGAAUACAUUAGCUUCCAGGGAAUUCCGUACGCUAAGGCCCCGGUUGGUGAGCUAAGAUUCAAGGAUCCCAUUAUCCCAGAUAAUUGGACGGAAACGUUGGAUUGCACGGAACAGUGCCAGCCUUGUUACCAUUUUGAUCGCCGUGUUAAAAAGAUCGUGGGCAGUGAGGACAGUUUGAAAGUAAACGUAUUUACUAAAAAGAUUGACGUUUCCAAACCACAACCGGUGAUGGUAUAUAUUUACGGUGGUGGCUUCACUGAAGGAACUAGUGGAACAGAACUAUAUGGACCGGACUUCUUGCUGCAAAAGGAUAUCGUACUAGUAACCUUCAACUAUCGUGUUGGUGCGUUAGGCUUUCUCUGCUGCCAAGCGCCAGAGGACGGCGUUCCUGGCAAUGCAGGUCUCAAGGAUCAGAGCUUAGCUCUUAGAUGGACGGUAGAUAACAUCGCCGCAUUUGGCGGUGACCCACAACGGAUUACGUUGGCUGGACAUAGUGCUGGGGCAUGCUCGGUGCAGUACCAAAUGAUUUCCAAGGCUUCCAAGAAUCUUUUUCAGCGAGCCAUCAUUAUGUCUGGCAGUGUUUAUUGUGAUUGGGCCCUUUCUCCGCAGCGUAGCUGGCCUGAGAAAUUAGCGAAAGCCAUCGGUUGGGACGGACAAGGCGGAGAGUCUGAUGCUCUAAAAUAUUUGCGUACAGUCAAACCAGAGGAUAUUAUCAACAAUCAGGAAACACUUUUUGGUCCACAGGACAUCCAAGACCAAAUAUUCACUCCGUUUGGACCCACUAUUGAACCAUUUGAAACAAAAACCUGUUUCAUUGAGAAAUGCCCAUUGCAAAUGGCCCGGGAAGCAUGGGGCAACAAUAUUGAUAUUAUGAUUGGCGGUACCUCUGAGGAAGGAUUGCUGACAUUGCAAAAAAUAAUCCCUCAACCGGAAGUUUUAAAAAAUCCGCAACUAUUUCUGGGAACCGUUCCAUGUAGACUAAAUAUAAGUAUGGAUGAAAGAAUGGAUUUUGCUGCAAAAUUAAAACAACAGUAUUAUCCUGAUAGUGACCCAUCCUAUGAAAACAAAGAUGGAUAUGUUGAUAUGAUGACUGAUCGAGUAUUCUGGCAUGGCUUACAUCGGACAAUUUUAGCUAGAGUAAACAACAAUCUGUCUUCUGCCACUUACGUGUACCGGUUCUUUGUGGACUCAGAAUUCUUCAACCAUUAUCGAAUCAAGAUGAUAGAAGAUCCCAAGCUCCGCGGAACUUCGCAUGCCGAUGAAAUUUCCUACUUGUUUUCAAAUUUUGUUGGCGAUGUACCCGCAAAGGAUACUUUCGAGUACCGAGCGCUGCAAACCUUUGUUGAUAUUUUUACCUCAUUUGUGAUCAAAGGUGAUCCUAACUGCAAUCAUACAGCUGAACUAUGUUGGGAAUCAGUAAAACAAACGAAACCAACCUACAAGUGCCUCAACAUUACAAAUGAUGGUAUUGCAUUUGUAGACUCCCCGGUUGCAAAGCGAAUGAAUAUGUGGGAUUCGUUUUACGUUAACGAUGCGAUGUAUUAGUAUUCGUUUUUAUUUCGAAUAUUUCCAGUUGCAUUUCAUCUGAUGUGAGAAAAUAAUAAAUUCACGU